ACCCCCCCUCUCUCUCUCUCUCUCUCUCUCUCUCUCUCAAAGACCAAAAAACCAUGUGUAGGGUAACUACUUCCUCUCCUCUCCCCGGCAAAUGCGACAACACCCACCAACCUUCGCUUCCUUCUCCCAAUGACGUUUCCCAACAACCCAACAUCCUUACUCCCUUCAUCCCCAAAACCCCAACAACCCAACACCCGCAACAAAAGCCCGACACCAAAAAGUCUACGGCCCAUUACACAAAGCCCAUCCAAAAGACCCACCUCUCCCUUGCUAUCUCAGAAGCCAAAGCCAUUAUUAACAUCUCUUUUCCCAUGAUCCUCACAGGCCUAGUCCUCUACUCUCGCUCCAUGAUCUCCAUGCUCUUCCUCGGCCACCUUGGCGAGCUAUCUCUCGCUGGUGGUGCCCUCGCCAUUGGCUUUGCCAACAUUACCGGUUACUCCAUUCUCUCUGGCCUUGCAAUGGGCAUGGAACCAAUAUGUGGCCAGGCCUUUGGCGCCAAGAAAUACACUCUCCUCGGCCUUUCUCUCCAAAGAACAGUCCUCUUACUACUCUCUACCUCUCUCCCAGUAGCUCUUCUCUGGUUGAACAUGAAGAGAAUUCUACUCUUUGUUGGCCAAAAUGAAGAUAUUGCCCAAGAAGCCCAGUCCUACAUUCUUUUCUCCCUUCCAGAUCUCCUUGCUCAAUCCCUCCUCCACCCUCUCCGCAUAUAUCUCCGAACUCAGUCUAUUACUCUCCCAUUAACUUACUGUGCUGUGCUCUCUCUCCUUCUCCACCUCCCAAUUAAUUACUGUCUUGUUUCCGUGUUCGGCUUUGGCAUUAGAGGUGUUGCUCUUGGAAGCGUCUUGACAAACGUCAAUCUCGUAGUCUUCUUGAUAAUCUUCAUUUCAUUAUCUGGCAUAUACAAGAAGACAUGGGAUGGCGUCUCAGCUGAAUGCUUGAAAGGUUGGACUUCUCUUUUGAAUCUUUCCAUUCCAAGCUGCAUUUCCGUCUGUUUGGAAUGGUGGUGGUACGAGAUCAUUAUUCUGCUAUGUGGGUUGCUUCUCAAUCCCAAGGCUACCGUUGCUUCCAUGGGGAUUCUAAUUCAGACUACUUCACUCAUAUACAUUUUCCCAUCGUCUCUGAGUACUGGCGUAUCGACUCGAGUCGGCAAUGAAUUGGGCGCGAACAGGCCUGAAAAGGCAAAGCUGGCGGCUAACGUUGGACUUGCAUGCAGCUUCGUUCUUGGACUUUCAGCAAUGCUAUUUGCUCUUAUGGUGAGAAAAACAUGGGCUAGUAUGUUUUCAAAUGAUGCUGAAAUUCUUUCAUUGACGUCGAUGGUAUUACCAAUAAUUGGACUUUGCGAGCUCGGCAACUGUCCACAGACGACGAUGUGCGGCGUGCUACGAGGCACUGCACAGCCAAAGAUGGGAGCUAAUAUCAAUCUUGGAUCGUUUUAUUUCGUCGGAAUGCCGGUGGCUGUUGUCUUGGGCUUUUGGGCUGGGUAUGAUUUUAAGGGGCUUUGGUUUGGGCUCAUGGCUGCCCAAUUUACGUGUGUGGUGCUGAUGUUAAUUGUGCUGGGCCGCACUGAUUGGAAUUUGCAAGCUGAGAGGGCCAAGGAGCUGACAGGAGCUUAUGUUAGUGCUGGAGUUGAAGAAGAAGAAAAUUUGAAUUCAGAUUGUUUAAAAAAAGAGGAAGCAGAGGUUUAACACC